CCAGAUUCCAGUACGUUCGGUUCAUUCAAGUGGAGUGCAUUUUUGUGGUUAUUGUUAUAAUUUUGUUGCAGGAAGUGAAAUAGAAUCACAAACCGAAGAUGAUUAAAUCAUAAAUCACGUGCAUUCAAGAAUUUAUUAUUAAAAAGAAACACGAUGGAAGAGGUUACAAAAUUGGAACAUCUAUCCUUAGUGUCAAAAAUCUGCACAGAGUUGGAAAAUCAUUUAGGAUUGAACUACAAAUAUUUGGCUGAAUUUAUUAUACAUCUGGCUGAAAAGAAUAAUACGUUUGCGGCAUUCAAGAAAGUAUUGAUCGAGAAUAAUGCUGAGUUCUCAGACUCCUUUAUAGCUAAUCUUCUUAGAAUAAUACAGCAUAUGAAACCUGCUAAAACAUCUACCGAAAAGCUAUCGAAACUCACGAAUAAACAGGAUGAACUGGCAUUAAAAUUUCCUGCACUGGCAUUACCAAACGAUGAUCCGCAAUGUUCCGAUAUUAAUAAAGGUAAAGAUGAGGAUAUUGUUAACGAUGUUAUGGCUUCUUUAGAAGCAUUUGCACCGUCCAAUAAAAAGCUUUCUUCGAAUACUGAAAGAAACAACAGUAAGAUUAACAAUGGUGAACAAAAAAGCAAACGGGAAAAGAGAAGCAGAAGCAGAAGCAGAUCGAGAGACAGGAGAAGACACAGAUCCAGAUCGUCAAACCGUAAAGAAAGACGGCACAGAUCUCGAUCCAGAUCUCGAACCCAUUACAGAUCUCGAGAUAGCACGCGCAGAAGACGUUCCGUAUCUCGCGAACACAGAAGAUCAUUGUCCCGCGAUGGUAGAGAUACGAGAUACUCGAGGAAACGCGAUGCCGAUAGAUCUAGAUCUGGAUCUGUCGAAGAGAUGCUAUCUGUGGAACCAGAAGUGGGUAAAAUUUAUGCAGGCAAGGUCGCGAACAUUGUACCAUUCGGCUGUUUCGUCCAGUUGGAGGGUCUGCGGCGUAGAUGGGAGGGCUUAGUCCACAUUUCACAAUUACGGAGAGAAGGUCGAGUAGCAAACGCGAGCGAUGUAGUCUCCAGGGGUCAGAAGGUCCUCGUGAAAGUUCUCAGCGUCGGUGGGCAAAAAGUGUCUCUAAGUAUGAAGGAUGUCGAUCAAGAAACCGGUAAAGAUCUGAACCCCGUGGUGCCGAUCGCAAAGGCGGACGAGGACGAGAAGCAUCUGCGUAAUCCAGAUAGGCCUACUUCCUUGUUAGAGCUACAGGGUAAUUACGAUGAGGACGAGACAUAUUCGAGGAAGCGUGUACAACGUUUGUCCUCGCCGGAGAAGUGGGAGAUUAAGCAGAUGUUGGCAGCGUCGUGCAUCGACAGGAACGAGUUACCGGAAUUCGAUACGGAGACCGGGAUAUUACCGCGAGAAGACGAUGAAGAGGAAGACGUGGAGAUCGAGCUCGUUGAAGAGGAGCCUCCGUUUCUACAUGGUCAUGGUAGAGCAUUGGGCGACCUUAGCCCUGUGCGAAUAGUGAAGAAUCCGGACGGAUCGCUGGCGCAAGCAGCAAUGAUGCAGAGCGCCUUGGCGAAGGAACGGAGAGAGCAGAAGAUGCUGCAGCGCGAACAAGAGAUGGACUCUGUGCCUACCGGUCUGAACAAGAACUGGAUAGAUCCGUUGCCGGAAGCAGAGAGCCGUACUCUGGCGGCGAACAUGCGCGGCAUCGGACUGCAAACACAAGAUUUACCGGAAUGGAAGAAGCACGUGAUAGGCGGUAAGAAGUCUUCGUUCGGUAAGAAGACUAAUCUGACAUUGUUGGAGCAACGUCAGAGUUUGCCAAUCUAUAAGUUGCGCGAUGACCUGGUGAAAGCGGUAACGGACAAUCAGAUUCUGAUCGUCAUCGGAGAGACCGGCUCGGGCAAGACGACGCAAAUUACGCAAUACCUCGCGGAGGCUGGCUUUACCGCGCGCGGCAAGAUCGGCUGCACGCAGCCGAGAAGAGUGGCAACCAUGAGUGUGGCCAAAAGAGUAGCAGAGGAAUUUGGCUGCUGCCUGGGUCAGGAAGUAGGGUACACUAUUCGUUUCGAGGAUUGUACCGGACCAGAAACCAGCAUCAAAUACAUGACCGAUGGUAUGUUGCUGCGCGAAUGUUUGAUGGAUCUCGAUUUGAAGACGUAUUCAGUGAUCAUGCUGGACGAGGCACAUGAACGCACGAUCCACACAGACGUGUUAUUCGGUUUGCUGAAACAGGCGGUAGGUCGUCGGCCCGAUCUCAAACUAAUCGUUACUAGUGCAACUUUGGACGCGGUCAAGUUUUCGCAGUACUUUUUCGAAGCGCCCAUCUUCACCAUUCCCGGACGCACGUUCGAAGUCGAGGUGAUGUACACGAAAGAGCCAGAGACAGAUUAUCUGGACGCCGCGCUGAUCACUGUUAUGCAGAUCCAUUUACGCGAACCUCCGGGCGACAUUCUGCUUUUCCUCACAGGUCAGGAGGAGAUCGACACAGCCUGCGAGAUUCUUUACGAGCGCAUGAAGUCAUUAGGUCCGGAUGUGCCAGAGUUAAUCAUCCUUCCAGUGUACUCGGCUCUACCUUCGGAGAUGCAAACCAGAAUAUUUGAGCCGGCACCACCCGGCUCGCGCAAGGUCGUUAUCGCUACAAACAUUGCCGAAACUAGUCUGACGAUCGACGGCAUCUAUUAUGUCGUUGAUCCCGGUUUUGUUAAGCAAAAAGUUUACAAUUCCAAGACUGGCAUGGAUAGUCUCAUAGUAACUCCAAUCAGUCAAGCGGCAGCGAAGCAACGCAGCGGCCGUGCCGGCAGAACUGGACCCGGAAAGUGUUACAGACUUUACACCGAGCGGGCUUAUAGAGACGAGAUGUUGCCCACGCCAGUACCGGAGAUUCAACGCACAAAUUUAGCUACCACCGUGUUGCAGCUGAAGACUAUGGGCAUCAAUGAUCUUUUACAUUUCGAUUUUAUGGACGCGCCGCCGGUGGAGUCGCUGAUUAUGGCAUUAGAGUCGUUGCACAGCUUGAGCGCUCUUGACAACGAGGGUCUACUGACGCGACUGGGUCGGCGAAUGGCAGAAUUUCCACUCGAGCCAAAUCUAUCCAAGAUGUUAAUCAUGAGCGUACAUCUUCAAUGUUCCGACGAGAUCUUGACUAUCGUUAGUAUGCUGUCCGUUCAAAAUGUCUUUUAUCGGCCAAAGGAUAAGCAGGCUUUGGCCGAUCAAAAAAAGGCCAAAUUUAAUCAAGCCGAAGGCGAUCAUUUGACUUUAUUAGCGGUCUAUAAUUCUUGGAAAAAUAAUAAGCUGAGUAAUGCAUGGUGCUACGAGAACUUUGUGCAGAUCAGAACGCUGAAGCGCGCCCAAGAUGUGCGCAAGCAACUGCUAGGCAUAAUGGACAGGCAUAAAUUGGAUGUGGUGUCGGCCGGCAAAAAUACGGUGCGCAUACAGAAGGCGGUGUGUUCAGGAUUUUUCAGAAAUGCUGCGAAGAAGGAUCCGCAGGAAGGAUAUAGAACAUUGGUCGAUAGCCAAGUGGUGUACAUACAUCCGAGUAGCGCGUUGUUCAAUCGCCAACCGGAAUGGGUCAUCUAUCAUGAAUUGGUGCAGACUACUAAGGAAUACAUGAGAGAAGUGACGACCAUUGAUCCAAAAUGGUUGGUGGAAUUCGCGCCUGCAUUCUUCAAGUUUAGCGAUCCGACUAAGCUUAGCAAGUUUAAGAAGAAUCAGAGACUAGAACCGCUCUACAAUAAAUAUGAGGAACCGAAUGCGUGGAGAAUAUCUCGAGUUCGCAGGAGGCGUAAUUAAAAAAUUUGCUUACGAUCUAUCUAAAAAUCGUCCGCGUUUCCGCAUUAUAACGAUUUUACCUCUGCUAAAAUAAUAUUUUAUCUUUUCAAAAAUCAUAAAGAAAAAUUUGCUUCUAGUUCAAAGUAAUGUUUUUUAUGACAGUAACAGCGUGCAUCUACAAUGACAAGACUUUGUGAGACAGAAAACAUUUUUAUUUUUUAUGUUUAUUGUGUAACACUAGCUUGUUCUGAUAUAUAUGUAAAAAAUAUUUCAUUUCAUUAUUAGAAAAAGCAAGGAAUAAAGACAAUUUAUAUUAUCGCGAAGAUGUUAUACGACUCGAUUUUAUUAUAAAUUCAUGAGAAAACAGAACAACAAUAAUGUAAUCAUUGAAUCAUAUGUAUAAAUAAUGCAAUUAUAAAAACAAUUAUUUAC